CUUGGAGCACUCGUGUUUUCUUUUAAAGCAAGCUCUUUAGCGAAAUAAAGUUCGGAUUCUCGGCUCGUCCCUGCUCGUCUCGUUAUCGACGCCCCUCUUCGUCUUCGGUCCUCAGUUCUUGGUGAACAAUGAAGAAUGAAGAUUAUACCUUCACAUUUCAAUUCAAUUUUCAUCAGACCAGAGUUAUACUGGUAUGAUGUUCGAAUUAUUUACUAAGUCAUCGUGCUUUUUUUCACCAAUCUACCAUCGUUCUGUGAAGUAUACGUGAACUGUUGCUGUGUGUUUCGAAUUACCUACAGCUUUACAAAGCGUGAAUUUCGUGUUGUUUUAUUUUCCUAUCUGUCGAUUGAUAGUGGUUGUGUAUGGUACAGAAAAAUGGACGACGAUUCGCCGACGAAAUUACAAAGUUUGGCUGCCAAAUCGAUAUGUGUUCGCCUGUUACACGAAUGGGCCGAAGGCGAAAUACCCGUAAUCAAUGUUUGGAGAAGAGCUCAAGGCUAUGGUACUAACCGUUGCAACGACCACGACUUUUUCCUCUGGCAGUUAACCGAAAUGCAAGUACCUCAUCGAUUCGCGAAUAUAUCCAGUGAAAUUCAAUACCAAAUCGAAGACAACUUAGUACCGAUUUUAACAGACGUUUAUUGGUGGAUUAUUGCCCAUCAUACGAAUUUCUUCCACGAUACACCAUCGUCUCCGUUGAACGAAUACGUCGUGAAAUUAGUCUGGAACCGUCAUUUUAAAAUCGAUAACUUGGCUACGGCGAAAAACAUCCUCACCAAUGAAAAGCUGAGUCUGUUGGAGAGGUUCAGAUUCGCCAGUGUUUAUUGCCUCGUCGACGAAAUCGAAAAGUUUCGUGGAUCGAUCGAUUCGAUACCGAAAUUUGAUUUUAAAGUGGAUCCGUUCGUGGCGUAUUGGAGCAAGUAUUUGAGAAACAUGUUACGUACGAUAUCGGUACCGAAGAAUUCGUCGAUCGAAAUGUUGCUAUUUAAUACUGCGAUGGAACACGGUUUGUGGCCAACUGUCGAGUACUUCUUCGAUCAAUUAGACUCGGCGAAGAAAACCUCGAAAUUCGAAAGUAUCCUCGAAAGGUUCGGUGAAGCGUACCCGAACGAUUUCUCAGCCGGAUUAGCGAAUAAAAAAUGGAAUCCGUUGUGUUGUUUCGCCAGUUCGAAAAUCAUCGCCAGAAUCGCCCGGUACGGUACUCCGAACCAAGUACGAAUCGUUUGGAAGCUGUACAAGUAUAAAAUGGAUUCGAAGAAUUUCUGCGAUAUUCUCGAAACGCUGGUUCCGUUAUCGAUGAGAAACGCGAAAGAUUUCGAAAAAUGGACCCCUUUGUUGAUGGAAAUCUGGACCGGAGCUAGUAACAAAUUGAAGCAAUCAGCCAUCGUCGAUACGAAACUAUGGCAGAGUAUCGGUGAUCAAUUCAUCUAUCAUGUUCAAAACCAACAUAUAGUUGAUUUUCGUACACGUCGACUGAUCAAAGAGCCGAUGAAAUUCAUCAAAAUGGUGUUGAAAAGCACCGGUACCGAGAAAAGAACCGUGUUUUUCGAGAAGAAUUUCUUUUGGUUGGUACUUUGGGCACCAAUCGCAGCGGUGGAUCGAUUGAUGCGUGAUUUUCUGGAACGUUACAAUCGCGAUGUAUUCGAGUUGAAGAAAGUCGUCGCCAAGAAUUACGAUAAAAUGAAAUGGUUGCUGUAUGAAUUGCUGGCAUACGGUGAAUAUGACGAGAUCGAUGCCGUAGUAUCAUUUUAUUUACAGGCUAUCGAUGGCGUUGUCAAUGUGGAAAACACGAGCAGCGAAGACGUGAUGCGAAAUAAUUUAAAGUGCUAUAUGUUCGAGUUUCUGACUGCUUCGUUCGCAACUGAUCGCAUGUGUUCGCAUAUCUAUCAAGGUGAUUGGAGAGAAUUGCAGAAGUACGUGGAGGAAAACGUUUCGUGGGUAUCUGCGGAUAAGUCUAAAGAGAUAAUGAAAAAAGUGAUCACGACGAAGAGAUACUGGACUAGGAAAAUCGAAACAGGCGAAAUGAACGACUUGAAGGAAUUUGCCAGCACGGUUUAUUACGCUGCCAACACUAACAGCCAACUGAAAAGUUUGAAAAGACAGUUCGAAAGUCACCUUUUGAGUGUUUUGUUCAAAUUCAAAUACAACUGUCGCAAAAUAAUAACUUUCGAUCGAGCCGCGUUGCGGAAUUUUUUACUGUGGAUUUACGACGGCGACGAACGUUUAAUCGAAGAAAACUUCGAGCACCCGCGUUUGUUUUCUGAAGGAUUUUUAGUUCAGUUGAAGGGAUGCGUUGCCAAAGGUUCCUUUCAAGUUACCAAAUCGAUGGAGGAGUUUUUGAAAUGGUGUUUUGAAAACGAAGAGGAAACGCAACCGUUUAAACGCAGCAUGAUAUUCCAAUACCGAGAUUAUAGGUUGAUCGAAGGUCUGUUGAUGCGCCGAAAAUAUCGUCCAAGGAUGCUGUUGUGGUGUUUCGACGGAGAUACCAGUUGGAUUAAAAUAUUUACGACUGAUUAUGGGCGUAGGCCGCUUUACGGGUAUUUUAUUAGCGAUGGUAGUAGUGAUGAGACGAGCAGUGGUGACGAUAGCGAUUAGUUAUUAGCAUUUGAAGUAAUCUACCGAAAAUGAGCGAUGAAUAAGGAGAUUCAGAUUUUUGGAUAUUAAUUUUCGUAAACGUGGAAUUGUUUUUUUUUCAAGUAUUCUGUUAUUUUGUUUGUUAUUAUUAUUUUUUAGAUAAUUGAAUUGUUGAAAAUUGUUCUUGAAUAAGUCGUACUUACUUAGGUAUUUGUCUGCUUAUUCUUGAUUUUAAUUUGAAAGUUUAGUUAUUAAGUUGGUACUCUAAGUACGCUGUUUCCUAUAUUCAAUUUACUAGUUUGUUUUUUAAUAAGCGAUAUUGUUUCCAUUUGAAAUAUACCUAAUACUUACGGUUUA